AUAAUAGAUUUGAAGGAAUAAGGUUGUGGUUUUAAUGGAGAAGGCAAGCACGAGGUUCAGCCACAUGAACAAUACAUCUGCUUCUCUGCCGUCUCUUGCUCGCACCUGCCCCUUUCAAUUUCAGCUGCACACUUCCACCCUCACCUUUUCAACCCAUCUUACUCACACAAACCCCCUUCGAGUUUCCUGUCCCUCUUAUUCUUAUCCCUUCCACAGGCUGCCCUCCGCCAAUUGCUCGAUACCCGACGGCACUACUCCCACUUCAGUGACCAUGGUUGCUGUCGAGGAUUCAUGUCUUGCGUUGAAGAAGAAAGCCGCUGAAGUAUCCCCCGAGCUGAAAGGGACCUCCAUAUUUCUGGUUGGAAUGAAAAGCUCUCUUAAAACAAGUUUGGGAAAGCUGCUGGCUGAUAUAUUACGGUAUUAUUAUUUUGACAGCGAUAGUUUGGUGGAAGAAGCUACAGGUGGUACAUCAGCGGCAAAAUCCUUUAGAGAGAGUGAUGAAAAGGGCUUCUGCGAGUCUGAGACUGAAGUACUUAAACAAUUGUCAUCCAUGGGUCGACUAGUAGUUUGUGUUGGAAAUGGCGCUGUUCAAAGUUCAACUAAUCUGGCACUUCUGAGACAUGGGAUUUCAUUGUGGAUAGAUGUGCCUCUAGACAUUGUGGCUAGGGAUGUAAUUGAAGACCGGAGUCAAUUUGCUUCAAUUGAAAUAUCUACUUCAGGAUCUUACCCAGAGGUGACGAAUGAACUUGGCGCUUUAUACAAUAAAUACAGAGAUGGAUAUGCAACAGCUGAUGCAAUUAUUUCAGUUCAAAAAGUAGCUUCUCGGUUGGGUUAUGAUAAUUUGGAUGACAUUACAAGAGAAGACAUGACUUUGGAGGCUCUUAGGGAGAUUGAGAAGUUGACCAGAAUAAAGAUGAUGAUGGAAGAGGCUGCAAGACCAUUUUGACCAACCCGGGCUUGCUCGAUUACCUUGGUGCAUUUCUUCAAUUUAAAACAUAUUUGAAAUUAACUACCUUGAGCUUGCUUUGCAACCCCUGGCUUAGCUUCUCAAAUUUCAGUUUCAUUUUUUUUUUUUUUAUCUUUUAAAAGGUCGAACGGACGGCUCUAUUUCCUUCUUCCUUCUUCCUUCUCUUAUUUAUUUGGAUGAUCGCAAUAGUGUGUUAGUUAUGAAAAAUGUAAAAUUAAAAUUACUCCUUUCUAUACCUCCAAUACACCUACCGUUGUCUCUAUGAU